AUGAGCGCUGCGCACAACCGCAACCUCUGUCGCUUUUUCUUUGUCGCCGUUGUGGAUCGCUACUACACAUGCAACUACUCUGUGACACAGCGCAACAGCUCCCAUCAAGAGGCUACACCAAUCUGGCGAGCCAUCUCAAGGUCAAGUAACCUGGCUACGUUGCCGACAACGAAUCCCACCAGAAGACGGGCGGGGUCGCUCACAACUUUGGGGUUUAUCAACCAAACUGCGUCUAACAUGUACCAGUGGAUUGAGUGGAUCGUCUUCCGCAGCAUGCCUUUGAGCGAGAUUGACGAUCCACUCACGAGAAGCAUGUCCAAGCAAAAACUCGUCUGUCAAAGACUUAAGCGCUACAUGUCUUUGCUAGUGACAGCUGUCGAGGCCGAGAUUAGUGCAGAUAUGUCUGGCUUAAAUGAUUUCAUGGGACAGCUCAAGCAAGUGCUGCUCGCCAUUUCACCAAUGGAGGAAGGUGAACUAACGGCCCAAUCACAUUACGACUUUAUCAAGAAAACCAGCUAUAUUUUCCACCUAUCAGAAUCAAGCCUUGCGAUUUUGAUUGGUGAUAGUUGCGUUACCAACCAAGCUACUGAGACAAUCCUCAACGUCCCCUGA